CAUGUCCUCUCCCGAUUUUCCUCCCCGAGGAAGUCGGCCAGUAGAAUCUCGGCCGAUACAAACGCAUGGAACGGCAUCUAGUUGGCAGGGAAGCGCGUCGAGUGGACAGUUGGGAGUCGGAAGAGAGCGUAUGCGCCAUAUGUACAUAAUUACCACGGGCCAAUCGGGGAUUGAAAGCGGUGCACAAGUUUGUCGUAGCGUCGAAGCUCCAGGGUCUGGCUCGUCCCGUUGGUUCCCUCGCGUGCGUGCAUAAGCGCGCGCGCACACACAGCCGCGCAACGGUGGUUCAGUUGGUUAUUGACGUUCGUGUGCACGGGGCGCGUUGCUAGACUCUGUUCAACCACACUCUGUUCGAAAGUCGGGAACAGUAGCGAAAGGGAAAGAGGGAAUUGGCGCGUGGGUAUCUUUCGGUUGCUUUCCAAGAUCCCAAGAGAGGAAACCGGAUACCGAAGAGAAGAGAGAAGAAGGAGAAAAUAACCACUUCGGGGCCGGGAGAAAAAAGGAAAGACGAGUGACUGUGAUCGCCGCCCGGAAAAAAAUAUCCGAGCGAGGAGAGAGAGGUUAUUGCGAAACCGAGCUACAUGGCUCCGAAAAUUAUUCCUUCUUUCCACCGUCCACGCGUUCUUUGCUAUCCACGUUCGAGCGAGUACCACCGGUUCGAUCAACCGAAGGGGACCUCCAAAUAAUUCUCGAAUAAUUCUUGAAUUGAUUUUCGAUUCGUUCGAGGCGAAGAAGAGCGAAGUCCAUCCAGAUUUCGAUUUCCGACCUCCGCGUUGUGUUAAAUCGCAUCUUGAACACGAUAUAACACGAGAGUGGACACGAGUAGGGACGACCGUGCGGCAAGGGAAAGCGUAAAGGAAGAGCAUAAAGAAGGAAGAGAGUGCAAAGGCAUGACGAGUAUGACGAGCAUGCGAACGAUGCCGCCCGUUUAACGAAUCGCUGUUUAUAAUAUUUUAUUACACGGUUGGAAAACUGCUCUCUCUAUACCGAUCCAAGCUUAUGUCACACGGAAGACGAAAGAGGAGAAAAGCGACGAGAGAGGAAGAACGUGACGCAGUGAAAAAAGAGAGGACGGAAGAUCGGGAAUGCAUGUUCCAGGACAAUAAUCGUGACAACAGCGAUAAUCGUGAAACGUGAGCUUCCUUCGAUUCCUUCGAGUUGUUAAAGUGAUUAAUCUCUCUUUUCGCGUGGCUGGACCGCGAGUCAACGCAUCGUCCCUCUCUCCAACGACUUCGAUGCUUUGUUUUCGCAAACUAAUGUUCACGCUUGUACGAACAGAAACCUUUUUAACGUGUGAUCGACGUGCACGCAUCACGCUUCUUCGAUCACCCCCUUCUCGUCCCCUUUCUUUCGUCUGAUUUCGUACAUUUCGAAAUUCGCGUUCGUCCUUUUUCCAUCUCUUUCCGUUCCGUAUUAUAAUAUUCGCUCGCGUCGAAAACAAAUCGAAAACAAAAACAAAUCGCACUCUACGUACGACGAUUUUAUAACAAUAAUAAUAACAACAACAAUAAUACGAUCUAUGUAUCGAUUAAAUUAGUCUUCUCUCAGAGACGGAUAUAUAUAUAUAUAUAUUCGAAUCGUCGAGUUGCAAUUCCCGCUCGAAUUAUCCUUCUGCCUCGCAAAAACAUCGCACGACGUUUUUUGCGACGAGCCACGAGGUUUUUCAACCGUUUUUUCAAACGAGACGUCGCGAUACCGCGUCGAUCGAUGCUGAGAAAAAACACAAUUUUUCACGACGUAAGGCGUAAGGAUAAGAAGGCGAAUAGGGAGAAAAAGAAUAACAAUACCUCUCUACGCGUGUAUUCUCUCCUUCCCUUUGUUCGCGGAAAGGUGUCUGCGUCCGCGUGGGAGCCGUUUCGACGAGGUGGCGCGUUCUUCGUACCAGGCAUGCCUUCCGCGUUAUCCUGAGCGAUUUUUUCCUACUCGGUGAACGUAAUUAUAUUUCUGAGAGAUUAUUUAUUUAAAGAAGAAGAAGAAAAAGAAAAAGAGAUAUAUGAUUAAAAGAAAUAUUCUUGUAAUAUAGAGAGAAAAAGAGAAAAAGAUCCUCUUAUUGGGAUUCUUUAUUUGUUGAACUGCCGUCACCGUUCUUCGUAGUCGUUGACGCGUCGUCGUCCUUGUUGUUAUUGUUACACAACCGUUGUUGCACCGUCUCGUGUAAUAGUUUCUCGUCGCUGCCAUUCUAUUACGCCGUUCUCCUCUCGUCUCCCUUGCCGCCGGUGAUUGUGUCGUUGCGGUGGUUUUCUCCACCACCCUCCCUUCCCUCUCCCCUCUCUCCAACCCCCCGCCGCUCAAAAAAAUAUCAUACAUCUCCACAUUCUUUUCUAAAUAUCAACAAACUCGAUCCGAUCUGCGAGUCCAUUUCCCCUCCCGAAAACAAAAUAAAGAAGGAGAGAGAGAGAGAGAGAGAGAGAGAGAGAGAGAGAGAGAGAAAGAGAAAGCAAAAGGGAAGAAACGUUCGAACUCGUCCUUUUCGUCUUUGGAAACAAAAGACUCCGAAGUGAAGCAUGGUAGUCAAGAACGAGAAUACGAGAAAUGGGCAUGAGCUGGCUCCGUUGAACGAGGAACGUCAGGCAGGGCAGAACGUGACAAUCGUGGUAACCGGGAAUCAAAAUGCUGCUGGCAGUCAAGAAACCAAGGAGGAGAAUAGGGCGGAAUGGAGCGGGAAGAUGCAAUUUUUCCUCAGUAUUAUCGGUUACAGCGUGGGACUUGGGAAUAUAUGGAGAUUCCCUUACCUGUGCCAACAGAACGGAGGAGGUGCCUUUCUCAUCCCCUUUUUCGUGAUGCUAAUCCUAGAGGGUGUACCCCUCUUUUUAAUCGAGCUGGGUCUCGGUCAACGUAUGCGACAGGGCGCCCUUGGUGUGUGGAACACGAUACAUCCAUGGUUAGGCGGUAUAGGGAUAGCAUCGUGCAUCGUCACCUUCUUCGUAGCACUUUAUUACAACGUCAUCAUUACCUGGUGCUUCUAUUAUCUUUUCAAUUCACUGGAGGCCGUCACGAUUAAAGCUGGCGAACCGUUACCAUGGGCGAAAUGUCCGGAGGUUGAUGGGAAGCCGGUAGAGGAAUGCGUGAAGAGUUCGGAAACUGCCUAUUUUUGGUACAGAACCACUCUGGACGCGGCACCCUCGAUCGAGGAAGGAUCGAGCAGUCUGAAAUGGUGGAUCGUCCUUUGUCUACUGUUGAGUUGGAUCGUCGUCUUUUUUAUCGUGAUGAAAGGAAUACAAUCAUCGGGGAAGGUGGUAUAUUUUACAUCCAUGUUCCCGUAUUUGGUGCUUACUAUCUUUUUUAUUCGUGGAAUAACAUUAAAAGGUGCCAGCGCUGGAUUGGCCCACAUGUACACGCCAAAGAUCGAGAAACUGUUAGAGCCGACGGUCUGGCUCGACGCAGCGACGCAAGUUUUUUAUAGUUUCGGACUAGCGUUCGGCUCCCUGAUCGCGUUCGGAUCUUACAACACUCCAGACAACCACUGCGUCCGGGACGUGAUUCUGGUUAGCUGUUGCAACGCCUUCACCGCAAUUUACGCGAGUAUCGUGAUAUUCGCCAUUCUAGGCUUUAAGGCGAUGACAAAUGUCGAUAAGUGCCUCGCAGGUAAUAAAGACUUACUCGUUGAACACGGAUUUGCCUAUCAAAACACCACCAUGGAGAGAUACAAAGAUAUUGUAAAUAAUCUCAAUGUAACAAAAAUGAAUUUCACCCUUGAAACAUGUAGCCUGAGCGAACAAUUGGACAACGCUGCCGAAGGAACGGGAUUAGCUUUCAUAGUGUUUACGCAGGCGAUAGUCGAGCUACCAGGCGCUCCUUUCUGGUCCUGUAUUUUCUUUCUGAUGCUUCUAGCCCUCGGUCUCGGUUCCCAAAUCGGUAUACUAGAGGGCAUGCUGUGCGUCAUCUUCGACAUAGAUCUGUUCAAGAGAAUAAAAAAGCAAUACAUGACAGGGGUAGUUUGCACGGUGUGCUUCUUUGUUGGUUUAAUAUUCUGUACCGGAGCCGGAGAAUAUUGGCUAAAGAUGUUCGACAGUUUCGCAGGUACCAUCGGUCUCGUGAUGGUCGCGCUCAUGGAAAUGAUUUCCGUCAUCUUUGUUUAUGGUCACGAAAAAUUCACGAAAGAUAUCGAGGAGAUGACAGGAUACAGACCAGGAGUGUAUUGGCAAUUCACCUGGCGAUUUCUCGCUCCCAUAAUCAUGGUCUGCAUCCUUGUCUCCAGUAUAAUCUCCAUGGUUGUGAAGAAGCCUCAAUAUUCCGCGUGGGAUGCGUCACGGGGCAUAGCUGUACCCACCGCGUAUCCCAGCUGGGUGUUGGCUAUAGCGGUCGUCAUCAUUUUUGCGGGCAUCGCGCCAAUACCGAUUGUAUUCCUUUUGAGGCGGUUCCAAUGCGUCAAGUUGGACGUUGACAUUCACCAAGGCAGCAUACGACGUAUCGAUACCACCGUUUCUACCAAAGAAAUGAUGGGAGAUGUCGAUUUGGACGAAUAUCACGAUCGCCUCGAAGAUUUUCCCGAGGAGGACGAAGACGUGAACAGCGAUGACGACAACAACAGUGCCCCGCCGAUAACGAAGAUCGUCCCUAACAAACUUCAGGGUAAACCGUUCAAAAUGGAAGUGAUGGACUUUUAAAAGUUGUCAGAUUCGUCGACUUUUGUCGUAUCGUUUUCACCUUACGUGACGACAGAACAUGGAAAGAGGGUUGAUCGAACAUUCUCAUCCCUUUCGAAUUUCGAUUCUCAGGAAACGCGUAAGACGAUACGAAAUAAUUGCAGGUACGAAUCGACGAAUGAAAGAGAGAGAGAGAGAGAGAGAGAGAGAGAGAGAGAGAGAGAGAGAGAGAGAGAAUUGGUGCUUUUCGAGAGCAAUACUAAAUAACUUCCGUCGAAUCCGUGUACACGAGAAUGUGACACGAGAUUAGCGUGUACGAAGCAAAUAAAAAAAGAGGGAGAAAAAGCGGAGAAAACUUAGAAAAAUACUCGGUCGAUUCUAAUCGCAUUCGAAAUCGCUUCGUCGCGCCUCCGCUUGCUUCACUUCGAUCGUUCGAUCGAUCGAUUUUAUCGAGAUCUAAAUUAAUUUUAACUGACUGAACGUUAUCGUGCGACGAUCGAUUUUUAUUCGGCUAUUUUAUUUAAUUAUUUGAUUAUAAUCGGCAUCGCAUAGCGACUAAAAGGAAAGAAGGGAAAAAAAAAAAAAAAAAAAAAGGAAAAAAAGAAAAAAGAAAAAAAAACAGAAUUACGCGCGAACACCCUCUUCACACCAGCAAUUGUUACAAAUUAGAUUUCCUUCGCAGAGAGAUGGAAUCGCGUAAAUUAAUUAGUCACACCUUCCCUCGCGUAUUUAUAGGGAGAGUGUUGCCCGCUUCUUAACGUUCGAAUUCGUUAAAAAAAACGAUUGUUUCGUUUUCGAUUUCUAGUUUUACAUUUUCAACGACGAAAGAACGUUGGUUAAACAAACGAAACAAGUCGAAUGUUCUGACGGAGGCUCGUCCGAUUUUACAAAAAUAUAUAGAAGAAAAACGCUCGAGACGUACGUAUCGUCCUCAAUGACACGUACGAUCGAUCGUUCGUCUUUAAAAAUUUCGAUCGAUUUCUACGACGGUGCCUACGUUCCUAUUGCUUCCAAACCUCAGGGGUGAGAGAAGAGAGAGAGGGAGAGAGAGAAAGAGAGAGAGAAAGAGAGAGAGAGAGAGAGAAAGAGAGAAGGUUAAAAGUCAAAAGAAGAAAAGAUUUGCAAAUGUCAAAACGUAACUAGAAAUUAUAUGCCUACUCGCCUAAAUAGAAACCGUACGAGUAGGAAAUAGUGUAUAGGCGGUAUGACUCUUCAGUUGAGUUUCGUAAUAAUAAAACUUCCGAAUCGCUAGUAAAAUUCGAUUACUUAAAACCACGAGGUAGAACCGCGAAAUUCCGUCAGAUGUCCGAGGCAGGAAUGUCGAGACCGGGUCGAAGAAUUUUUUCAAGAUCGUACUUAACAAGAGAGAAAGAGAGAGAGAGAGAGAGAGAAAGAGAGAGUGAGGAAAAAAGGAAGAACCGACAAAAGGAAAUUUUUUCGCGAUGAUUCUUCGAAGCUUCAAAGUUUAGUUUAGUCCGUUUCUGAAAAUUGAAUCGAAAAGUCGAUAUCGUUCUUUAGGUAAAUUGAAAAAUGAGAGGUGGAGAAAAUGUAUAGAUUCGCGUCAUUUCGCAUAUCUGUAUCGAGUUUCUCGUUUGCUCUCAGUUUGAACAUUUAUUAUUAAGCGUGGUCGAUAAUGAUAAAGAAACAAAUAUUCCGCAGAAAUAAGAGCGGCCAUCGUCCCGUCGAGCAAUGAAUAAAUUCGCUUGACAAGGUCAGUACCUGGCUCGAGAACAUCGAUAGUAAUGCUAAGAAAAUGAAAAGAAAAGAGAAUACCGAUACACUGUUCAUCGCGUUGCGCCGCCAUCGCGAUGCUCGAAAUGCUAUAUUUUUUGCAGCGCGAAUGCUCGUAUUUACCCCAUGCGAGGGUAUACCCCCUCCCCUCCCCCCCGUUCCAUUUCUCCUUUCUUUCCGUUCUUCUGUUUUUUCCAGAUAACACACCGGAGCAUGAUCGCUGCUGCGUUCGUAGACAUUUAAAUAUAGAUCGUGUAUAGGGUAUAUUGUAUACACAAAUAUCCAGAACGUUUAAAUAAAAGCUUAUUUAUUGCCGAGUA